ACAUCGCGGGCCUCAGGCUGAAGACCAUCAUGGUUCCAGUCCUGAGUGCCGCCAUGUUCUACACCAUGUGCAACGCCUUCUCGAGAUGCUGCCCCCCGGACAGCACCACCAUGCCGUGCAAAUGCAGCGGUCCCAGCAGCUUCACUGUCCUCACCUGCGACAACCUCAUCUCGACGCAACAGGUAGCGCAGGUGGCCAAGAACGUGGAAAGUCACACCAAGGAAUUUGGCAAGUUCAGCAUGUACAACGCCAAGGUGAUGGCGCUAGAACCAGGCAUGUUUGGGCAGCUCCGCUUCGAGUACAUCUUCGUGAAGAAGUCUACCAUCACCGAAGUCAAGCACGGGUCUCUGGAACCUUCAAAAGACUCGCUGAAGAGGCUUGAGAUCAUUCACUGCGAGCUGAAGAGCUUCCCGUUUCAGAACGUGUCCACCUUUCCGAAGCUCGAGAGUCUUCAACUGUCGUACAAUAACCUCAAGGCCGUACCAGACUACGCCUUCAAAUACAAUCCCAGCCUUAAGAAGGUGGACUUGUCUUUCAACAAGAUAUCGUACAUCGGCAACUACGCGUUUUACUACGUGCCGUUCCUCCGGGAACUCAAUCUGAGGAACAACAAGCUCAAGAUCAUCAACAACAACGCCUUCGCGGUGCACGUGAAGCCUAAUAACGAUUUCGUCCUGGACAUGUCCAACAACCAGGUGUUGAUGAUCGCCGACGAUGCCUUCCACAACGAGAACUUCAAGGUGCUCAACAUGUCGAGUAACAAGUUGAAGUCGUUCCCCGAGAAACACUUCAGACCGCUCCUUGUUCGGAUGGCAGUCCAACUGGAAGGCACAAUUGACCUUGAAGGCAACCGUAUGAACUGUUCGUGCAGCUCCAUGGAAUGGCUGCUCAAAAUGCAACCGUACUAUCGACGCUUCGUCAAGGGAUUCGUCUGUUCCGAUACCCACAAGACGCUCGAGCACAUGACCUCCUGGGACCUCGGGUGCGCGUAGGAGUGACGUUGAUGACUUGCAUCUUCCUCUGGAAAGAAAAAAACAUCCGCUGACCUCCCGUGGAGGCUUCGUCUCGGUUAUCUGCAAUCGGGUGUGCGGCGAGCCGUCAUGCAUAUCAUGAGCGGGAAUUCGUCACGCGUCGCGAAUGACUUGUGCUUUCUGACGUGCCGGUGGCAUGUGUCGCUGACCGUUAAGGCUUGCCUCGGGCUGCGUUUCGUUUGAAUUGAAGACAGCACUCAGCUGUAUCCGUGUAGGAUGGAGCAAUAUACCACUUUAGCACGUCGGCUUAUACUGAUUUGAAGCCUUGUCUCUCACAAGUGCGUGACAGGCGAAAAACAAAAAUACGACGGCGUAAUUUGUUAAUUUAAAGUAUACUAGCUAAUUACCUAGACGUUCCUCGCAACGAAGCAUUAACUCAUAUA